GACCUCAACUGCCCACUCAGCACACUCAAAUCUUUCAUCGCCUUCUUCACGAGAAUCUUCUGAUCAAAUUCUCAAGAACCCUAAUUUCUUCAGAUCUUCUCAAAUUUCUGAGAAAAUGAAGGUUGUCGGUGCAAAUGUCCACUUCCAGAAGUUAGAAGCCAAGUGCUCAUCCCCGACAUUCUUUCAAAGCUAUCUGCAAAUGAUAGCCGCUCAAGAACUCUCUGAAUUUCUUCAAAUGGAGAUUCGCCUCAAAUUCGAGGAAGAAGUUCUUGAAUUCUACAGAAAUGGAGAGGUCAAAACUGCUCAUUCAAAGAAAAACCCACAGAAGACGUUUCCAAUCAUCCAGUCCACUGUUGGAGCGAAGAAAGCAGAUCUAAACAACGAUUACAAGUUGGUUUUGGAACUGGUCAUCGCUUGCCUCGAGUGUGGAAGUGGAGGUCAUGCCGAUGACAUCACCCAGGAGAGAGCCUUCAUCAUCAACUCUCUCAUUACCAAACCUAAGGUAAACUCGGCUGCACACUUUUUCAAAUCCAUUUCAAAACAUCUAGGAAAGCACAAUCAGAAGUAUCUCUGUCAAGGUCUGUAUAUUGGACAUAUUUUGGAAUCUAUGGGCGCUGCAGUUAAAGGGAAAAAGUAUGAAGCCAGAUACUGGCUGUACUACUUAUCCUCCAAAGGAGAAAACAGAGCUAGUGCUAGUGCCACUGUAGAAGAAAGCUCAUCAAACAAUGUUCCACUCAUCAAUUUCGCAAAGACUACCAAGAGAAAGCAUGUGGUGUCUCCCUCUCCCAGUGCUGAAGCACCACAGAAUCUUGCUCCAAUAAAUCUUGAAGAAGAAGAAGAAUCCUCUGACCAAGGAGAACUUCAAAGGAAAAAGAAGAGGAAGAUCAACUCUCCAUCUGGAAAUGUCAAUCCGGAUGAAUUGAAGGAGAAGGAACCUGCUGAGGAAACAUCUGCUCAAAACCGGAGCCCUCAACAACUUGAAGAAGAAAUUCCUCAAGUCCAAAGCCUUCCAACCUCAUCACCUCAACCUCAAAUAGAUGAUGCAGAUAACCAAUUCUGGCAGCUCUACUAUGACUUGCAUCUGGAAUACCUGGCCAACACACAAGUUUCUGACUUUGAAGCAGAUGAUGAAGAUCCUGCAGUCUUCAAGUCAAUCUUCUCAAAAGACACAGAAGAUCAAGUGGUUUUCACUUCUGAAGCACAAGGUGUUUUGGAAGCAGCAACUGAAGAUUUCCAAACACUUCCGGAAACCUCACAUGUUUCUGAAAUGGUUCUAACUGAAGUUGUAGAAGAGAAGGCAACCUCUCCCCCACAAGAACAGAACCAGGAAACAGCAGAUGAAGAAGAAUUUCAGCCACUAAUCCAAUCUCAAGUUUUGGAGAUUCUCACCACUCCUUGUGAGAUCUCCAAUCCUACUGAAAUUGAGAUCCCGGAAAAGUCAGCAGAAAUUCCGGAACAGUCAGCUCUUCCAGAAACAAUGGAGCAAGUUGUUGAACCACAAAGGAAUUCUGGAGAAGCUGCAAAGGAAACUCAAAUGGCAGAACUAGAGGUCUCUGAAACUCCAGUAGCCAUUUUUGAAGAAGAGAAUACAGCUGAAGAAAGAGACUCCCUCUCUAGGGAUAUAUCAAAUUUUGCGCUUGAAGCAGAAGGAGAGUCUGAAAGAACACUGAAGGUUACUGAUGAAGAAGAUGUACAAGAAGAUGCUGAAUCUCUUCCUAUGCAACUCUUCCAAAGAACACCAUCAUCUCAUCAGGUAACCAACUUUCAUUUCCAUAGCUCUUCCACCCCUACUCUUCCGGAUGAGAUACCGGAAAUCUGGACAAAGAAGGUCCAAGGGCUGAUUGAAUCAGCCCUAGCAUCUCAACAUGCCUGCUUUAGGAAAGAGAUAGAGCAAAUGGAAGUCAGGCACACCCAGCUAAUAGAGAAAUCUGAAGGAAAACACAGCGCAGAUCUCAAAGAAAUAAGCAAAUCAGUGCAGAAGACUCUGGAGAUUAUCUCUCUAUUGAGUGAAACUGUAGUGACCAAAGACUACUUGAAGGUGAUCAUUGACAAUCAAAAGGAAGCAUACAAGCUGUUUAGACUUAUUGGUGCAAACUCUGGAAACCGCAAGAUGGAAGUAAUUCUCCAACAACACAGUCCAUCCCCAAUACCACAGCUCCCUAUUGCAAUCAAAGAAGGAGAAGUAUCUUAUAUUCCUUCUCAUCUGAACUUGACAAAUCUAAUCCUUGAAGCACAGCAAAGAAAUCCGGAAGACUCAGAACAGCUUCUAUCCAGCUCAGGACUGGAUGGAACAGAAUUUAUAGGUACAGUUGUUGACCACUUCUCAAAUGAUGCUCAAUCAGAAGAGAGACGUGAAAAUUUAAGGCGUAUCAAAGAACUGUGUGGGAACAUGAAGGGCAUCAGUGAGGUUGCCGGAUCUUCAAAGCGCAAGAGAAACUGAAGGUUCUUUUCAUCAAAACAGGGGGAAAGUAUGUGAGAACACUAAUGUGUUUUGAUGCAAACACCUUCUUGUUUAAACAUUGCUUGAUUGGUUUAAACAUU